CUUCAACGUGCUACCAUCUUCAGCGGGUCGAAGUCGGAAUCAUUCGCAUGGCCACGCUGGCGACGACGUGGCAUGCGCUGCCGCGCUGGGUGCACCUGCUUCUGCUUGCCAAGGCGUCGGACGGGACACUCCCGUCGCACCUCGCGACCGUCGUGCGCGUCGCUGUCUAUGGCACGACGCCCCGCCGCCAUCCGCACGCAUCGAUUGCGCCGGCGCGGCCGCUCGCCGUGCUGCCGCCGUACCACUCGACCGUUUACAACGCAUGCGCGCAGCCACAGUCGCACAUCGUACUCCUUCACGGCUGGGGCAUGAGCUCCAAGGACUGGGCGACGACGGCGAAGAAGCUCGCGCACCACCACGCGGUGCUCACGCUGGACUUUUACGGCCAUGGCGCAUCCCCGUACCUUCCUCAGAACGACAUGCACGACCCGAACGUCCUCGUGCACCAAGUCCGUGACGCGAUCGAGCGCGCUGGCUGGGCGACGGCGCAGGUGACGAUCGCAGGUAUCUCGAUGGGCUCGGCCAUCGCGCUGCGCUACAGCCAGCGACAUCCCGACUCGGUACGCCGCCUCAUUUUGCUCUGCGGCGCCGGCAUGGCGGUCAGUCGCUGGUAUGCGCUUACAGAGACCAUGUCCCGCUGGAACAAUGCGAUGCUGCUGCGCAUCCACGAGCUCAACGCGACGUCGCCGUUCUGGCACAUGGUCUUUCACCGUGUGUCGGUGCUGCGGGCGAUGAUCAGUCAUAGCUACCUCACGCGCCUCACGCCAGAGUACGGCGUCAACCAGGCGACGCUCCAAGCCGAGACGUUGGCCAAAGUCCACGCGUGCAUUUGGCCCAUGGUCGACGUCCUCCACCCGCUGCAGCUGGAGUUGUUUGACGAGGCGCCGCAACACGUACAGAUCGUACCGGGUGUCGACCAUGCGCUCUUUUGUCUCUUGAUUAACGACCUCGCACUGCACGCCAAGCCCGAGCUGUGGCUUUAG